AUGCCCUUUUUCGACUAUGUGCGAGACACGUUUGCAUGGCAAGUCAUCCGCUUGGUAACAGGGGGCAAACUGCCUGAAUUUCAAUAUUACGAAGAGCGACAUCCUCUUGUUCGGCAAAAAUACGCAAAUGAAGAGAGCUUUUGGCGACCCGGGCUUGAAGGACAGAUUACGGAGGCGAGAGACGCACAUAUUAACAGAGGGUCGAUCUUAAAGCGUAAUGCGUCGGAUAUCAGAUCAAAUACGGCGAAGAAAGACCCUUACUUACAAGGGAACACGGCCGGAGUUGUAGACCCACGACUACCAAACAGUCGCUGGUCCAACGAGACGCUCGACUCCGCAUUCUCGGAGAAGUUUGGCUCUACGUCUCAAAUCAAUAAGAGCCUUCAUCUGGUUCAGUUUUUACCAGAUGAUCCAGAGAAUCCGCGGAAUUGGUCUGGCCUGAAGAAGACCUUGGUCAGCUUCCAGAUAUGUUUGCUUAUCGCCGGCACCUAUGCCGGGGCCUCCAUAUAUACGGUCGGUACGACGGGCGUCAAGGAACAGUUCGGCGUCAGCGACAUUGUUGCACUUUUAGGGCUAACGGCUUUCGUUGUUGGAUAUGGAGUUGGAGCCAUGGCUUGGAGUCCGUUAUCUGAGCUUCCACAAGUCAGUCGGAACACGGUAUUCAUUUCCACGCUCAUUGUUUUCAUUGUCUUGCAAGUGCCGAUUGCUCUGGCCACCAACAUCGGCAUGCUCCUAGCCUUUCGCUUUUUAGCUGGGUUUUUCGGAUCUCCAGUGCUCGGCCUCGGAGACGGAAUUCUGGAAGACAUGUACGCACCGAGAAAGCAAACCUACGUUAUGGGCCUCUGGGCUCUUCUCGGCAUCGGAGGUCCAACGAUUGGCCCAAUCAUUGGUGGUUUCGCAGUCGAGACGAAGGGUUGGAAAUGGGCUGUUUGGAUCAUUGCGUGGAUGGGUACGGCGACUCUAGCAACCGUGGUGUUCUUCCUACCAGAAACGAGCGCCAAUAAUAUCCUUUACCGGCGAGCUCUUCGACUACGCAGAGCGACAGGCGACAGGCGGUAUAUAUGUGAGGCGCAAAUCAAAGCGGAAGACAAAUCUGGAAAAGAGGCUAUCCUAGCUCAUCUCGUUCGGCCAUUCACGUUGGCCAUGACAGAGCCGAUUAUUUUCCUGCUCACUUUUUACAGUGCCUUUGUAUACGGACUAAUGUAUAUCUGGUUUGAGGCUCUUCCGAUGGCAUAUAAGGAAGUAUACCACUUCGACCUUGGCACUCAAAGCAUCGCAUUAGUGGGCUUGAUCGUCGGCGUACUGGUUAUAAUACCCCCUUACUUCCUCUACUACAGGAAGUGGAUCGAACCGAAAUUCAACCAUUUGGGUGAUAUCGAGCCAGAAAGACAUCUGAUACCAGCAAUGAUUGGGUGCCUCUUUCUACCGGCUAGCCUGGUUUGGUUUGGCUUUACCGCGAAGCCCACGAACUUUUGGUUGAUCCCCACAGUCGGUUCGGCACUAUUCAGUUCAGGUGCUGUUUUGCUGUUCAUCCCGUUCAUGAACUACCUUGGGGAAUCAUUCCCAAGCCAUGUCAGCUCAGUUUUUGCGGGGAACGAGCUAUUUACCAGUCUUUUUGGAGCCACAUUCCCCUUGUUUGUACCGUCGAUGUACUACAAGUUUGAUGUUUUUGGAUCGAGUAUUUUGCUCGCCAUCUUUGCCGUUCUAUUUACACCCAUACCCUUCAUUCUUUAUUUGAAGGGCUCCAAAAUGAGGAAGCGCAGUCGACAUGCGAGAAGAGAUAUGUGA